AAAACCUAUACACACUGACUACAACUAAUACAUUUUAACACACAGUUAAGACCACUGCUGUUUACGAUUGAGGUACUGUGAAGAACAGCAGCAGCCUCGCAGUCUUCUGAUUGCUUGACACGGCGGUUAGGUUACUGUUGUGUUUGUAGCAUGCUAGCAGUAGCUCCGCGGUGUUGAACACACCCUGGUCGAUUACUCAGCCAGUUGAACGCUGACCAAAACAAACUCAAGGGGAAAAUAUUCGGCUUAGACGUUUCAAACAGAUAUUUUCCAAAUGCCGAGGCGAUUAAACAAGAGGUGUGAGGAGAACUAAUUGAUGUGCCGGCUAGGUGGCUUGGGAGAAGUAACGUUAACUAGGCUUGUAGUGUUAGCUUGAGCUAGCUAUAAUGCUAACAGUUAGCUAACGGUAACGGUAUGUCAGACGAGCCAUCAGCUGGGAGGAGAAGCUGCUGCUGCUGCUGCUGCUGCUGCUGCUGCUGCUGCUGCCUUAAUUAUCAGCCCAGCAAUUUGAAACUGGCUUGUCAGCUAGUGAGAUAGUUUAGCUGCCUAGUUAGGCUCAACCGAGACACAGAUAUAACUCAUUUUCUACGUUUCUUUUUCUGCCCCGCACAACAACUGAAGUAUGGGGAUGUGCUUACCGUGCCUCGGUGGAGCAGCGGACGACGUUGUUGUCACUCCGGAUCCAGAUACAAGAAGACGACAGUUAGCUGAGGCCGCCGAGAAGAGACAAAAAGAGACAACAUACAGGGGGGUUAAAAAUCCAGAAGCAGUUGAGAGGAAAAGGAAAAAACAAGAAGAGAUUGAGAAACAGGCGAUGACCACGUCUGUGUCUGGUGGCGGCGGGUUGAAGUGGCAGGUGGGCUGAAAAUCUCGAUGGUAAAACCUAAAGUCUUGACUCUGAAGUCUGAAACAACAUAAAUAAUUGCUGCAAGGUGACAUGAAAGAUGUUUGAACUGCUGUCCAUUUUUUAAUUAACUUUUUUUGCCUAUUUUAUGAUGUUAUGAGACAAACGGUUACAAUUGCUUUCAUGCAAAACAAUCUGAAGUGAUCACAGUCCGAACAGCAGGACCUGCUCUCUUGUUGCCAAGUUAUACAAGCCGGUGUGGACCUUUGGACAUGUCAGGGAUGACACAGAAAUGUGCAAGCAAAUACAUGUCCGACUGUAUUAGUUUUAUUUAACAAUGGGGAUUAGGCAGUCUUAACAUUAGACAACACUAAAGAAUGUGGUUGUAAAGUCCAGGUCUCUGGUGACUGUUGUCAUAUUAAGACAAAGUUGUCCUCAACACUUAAGCUUUUUCACUACUCCGCUUUUUGGUUUUCAUACAUGAGGAUCAAUUCACUGCAAAUCCACAUUGGCCACGUUACUUUUUAUAUGACUUCUCCAAAAAUCCGUUAUUUAAACGAUACAUUUCACAAGUUUAUGUUUACAGAAUAUUUUAAGUGUGCUUAUUGUAGGAUUAGUUAACAGUAAUAACCACCCAGUUAUGAGUUGACACUCAUUUCACCUUGUUUAGGGCUGUGUUUGUUGGCAACACAAAGACUAGUGCAAACAGCGCCAUAACUUGUUGGUGUUUACUGAACUUCUGAAGCACUUUGUCUUUGCUUGGUGUUGAUAUUUUGAUGAAAAACAUGUCUUGGACAUUAUGUUGAGAAUAUACUGUUUGUUUGACAACCCAGCCUGUACACAGCAUCCACGCUAUACUGCUGAAUAAUGUACAACAACACUAAAACCAGUAAAAAUGAAAAGGAGGUACAGAUAGGUCUGUAGCACUUCGGACUGGUCUAACCGUUGUUCCUUCAAUAGAGCCCCAUUUUGUUUUCUCUGCACAAUUUCGUUUGUUGAAUUGAAUUAUUAUGUAUGCAAAACACGGAUGUGAUGCCUGCUUAAUUUAAAUAACAUAUGAAACGUGUUUGUGAAUUACCAUAUGACAAACAGAAGCUUUUCUUAGACAUCUAUUUGCACAUAGUUUGUCAACAUCUGGUGAACAGCACAUAUGCUUUCUCUCACUCUUACGUUGGGAGUGGUUCAUGUCAACUAGAAUGGAAACAGGAAGAAACUGAGGAAAAAUAAUAAGUGAGGUGUAUACAGUAUAUAGUGAAAUAUUUACUUUUACUUGCUUAAUUGAGUGCAUUUCUUACAGCCUUCACUUGAUCUUUAAAUGCUUCCGGUGCUCUCAACAUUUUGUAGAGCAGGAACUCCAGCCAAUGUUAUUUGCUACAAUAAAUCACAUUUCUGCUA